AUGGCAGGAGAAAUAGCAAUGGAUGAAACAGUAAUGCUAGCAAGUGAACGUUACAAAACCACUGUGUACUUUGUAGUUUUGGACACAAUAAUAAACGCCAUAUCCACUAGAUUUUGUGAAGCCAAAGAAAUUCUAAAGGACCUAAGUUUAUUAUCACCGCAACGAAUUUUAUUUUAUUCAAAUAAUGGUCCUGAAUUACCAGAAGACGCUUUUGAAGAUAUAGGGAAGUGGCUACCAAGUAUAGAUCCUAGUAAUUUAGGAACAGAAUAUUAUAUGUUUACUAAAUCAUUACAAGGUUUAUUAGAUGGACUUGUGCCCAAUAAACUACAUCAGAUUGAAAACAACCCAUUGGACAAUGAAAGUAUUUUAAUAUAUGAUUAA